UUAUUUUCUUUUUUAACUUUUGUUUAGAGAUUACAAAUAUUUUGUGAUGGCUGAAAAUUUUAUUUUUAUUAAAAAUUAAUUCACGUUUUGUUAGUUACCUCUUUCAGGAUGCAGCCAGAAGACGCAAGAUAUCUGAAAAGGAAGGUGAAGGGAGGAAGUAUAGAUGUACAUCCAACAGAGAAGGCAUUAGUGGUGAACUAUGAGCUGGAGGCUACAAUCUUGGGGGAGCUUGGCGACCCGAUGCUGGGUGAGAGGAAGGAAUGCCAGAAAAUCAUACGUGUCAAAAGUUUAAAUCCCAACAGUGACCUGUCAGCUUUAGCCAAAGAGAUAAUUGAUAAAUGUAAACUGAUACACCCCAGUAAACUGCCUGAGGUUGAACAGUUACUGUACUACCUUCAAAACAGGAAGGAGUCUGCUCCUAGUAAAGCAUCUGGAAAAACCGAGUUGCAUGAGACGCCAGCAGUGCCCAUGUACGAUGCUACAGAGAUCGAUGAAGUCGCCAAUAUAAAUGAUCUCGAUGAGUACCUUGAGCUGUUGUACGAGGAUGUCGGAGACAAAAUACGAGGCUCGGCUUUGUUACUACAGUUGUCACGAAAUCCAGAUAAUCUUGAAGAACUUUUUCAAAACGAGACUGUGGUAAGUGCGCUGGCUCGUGUAUUGAGGGAUGACUGGAAAAAGUCAUCAGAACUUGCCACCAAUAUCAUCUACAUAUUCUUCUGUUUUUCGAGUUUUACACAGUUUCAUGGGGUCAUAUUACACUUUAAGAUUGGAGCUCUGUCUAUGAACAUUGUGGAACAUGAGCUAAAGAAGUAUGACCUGUGGAAAGAAGAAUUAGAAAAGAAGAGGAAAGCUGCUGAAACUGACAAAGGCAACAGGAAAGCAAAAGAAGAGUAUGAUAAAAGUUUAAAGAAGUUUGAGGGAGUCGUCAGAAAACAGGAACAAUUAUUAAGAGUGGCAUACUAUUUACUGCUGAACUUGGCGGAAGAUUUGAAGGUGGAAAUGAAGAUGAAGAAUAAAAACUGUAUAAAGAUGUUGGUGAAAUCUCUGGAGAGAGAUAACUUUGAGCUGCUUAUACUUGUCGUGUCUUUCCUUAAAAAGCUGAGCAUCUUUGUGGAGAAUAAAAUAGAAAUGGCGGAGUUGAACAUAAUAGAGAAGUUAACGAAGCUGGUUCCGUGUGAUCACGAGGAUUUGCUCAACAUUACUCUUCGUCUCCUACUUAAUCUUACAUUCGAUACAGAAAUGCGCAGUAAGAUGAUCAAAUUUGGCUUGUUGCCAAAACUAGUUGGUCUCCUCAAUAAUGAGAAUCAUAAGCUGAUAGUGUUGUGUAUACUGUACCAUAUAUCCAUGGAUGACAAGUCUAAAUCCAUGUUUACAUAUACUGACUGUAUACCUAUAGUUAUGAAGAUGUUGUUAGAAUCACCAGAGAACCCUGACAUAGAGCUGCUAGCACUGUGUAUCAACCUGGCCUCUAAUAAACGCACUGCACAGAUCAUCUGUGAGGGACAGGGCCUGAAAAUGUUGAUGAAACGAGGGUUCAAAUUUAAAGAUUCACUGCUGAUGAAGAUGAUAAGGAAUGUCUCUGAGCAUGAUGGGCCAACCAAAAAUUUGUUCAUUGACUAUAUCAGUGAUCUUGCUGAAGCCGUGUUGCACAGUGAUGAUGAAGAUUUCAGCCUGGAAUGUCUUGGUGUUCUAGGAAAUCUCACUAUACCAGAUCUUGAUUAUGAACUUAUCCUUAAGGAAUAUCAGCUCAUUCCAUGGAUUAAAAUGAAGCUGCAGCCAGGUGCAGCAGAUGAUGAUUGGGUUCUACAGGUGAUUAUUUUGGUUGGAACUGUUUGUAAUGAUGAUAUCAGUGCAAAAAUGUUGGCACAGUCUGGAAUUAUACAAUGUCUCAUAGAGCUGUUAAAUGCAAAACAGGAAGAUGAUGAGAUGGUAUGCCAGAUUGUGUAUGUGUUCUACCAGAUGAUAUUCCAUGAGUCUACACGAGAAGUGAUUAUUAAAGAUACACAAGCUCCAGCAUACCUGAUAGAUCUGAUGCAUGAUAAGAAUGCUGAGAUACGAAAAGUCUGUGAUAACACUCUCGACAUUAUAGCUGAAUUUGAUGAAGAGUGGGCCAAGAAGAUUCAGUUGGAGAAGUUCCGCUGGCACAACUCUCAGUGGUUAGAGAUGGUCGAGUCACGACAGAUUGACGAGAUGGCUGACCCGUACAUGUAUCCGGAGGAAGGUUACGACGCAUAUCUACAAGAUGCUGAUAUACUAGAUCGACCGGAUCUCUUCUAUCCAGAUGGAUAUGAUCCUUCUCUAGUGAUGGAUGGUCAUCUAACACCUGAAUAUAUUGAUGAAAAUGGCAUGUACGGGUACGGAACUGAAUAUGGUAACGAAUAUGAGCCGUUUGCUAGACCAGAUUCCAACAUGGGUUUUGUGAACGGUAACGCCUUAGAUUACGACCAAGUGGACGAGUACGGUCAGCCUGUUGAUGAAUAUGGUCGCCCUUUGAUGCUAGACGAGUAUGAACACUACCCACAAAGCUACGGGUAUGGAGGACAACAUCCGCAAUUAGUGGAAGAAGACGGAUACGGUUAUGAAUACCGAUAGCUAAUAUCAGUGUUAGUGUCUGUGUUACAUGUGUAAUAACUUAUUUAUUGUAUAUUAAGAGCUUGUUUAAGAAUGCCAAAUGAGACUUGUAAGGGUAUAAAUUGUGACUUUCGAGUUAUUUUUUAUGUGAUAGCAACAAUAAUAGCAAUGGAAAACUCAUUUUCUUACUUUGUUGACAUACUUUAACAUUUGUCAUAUAGCAUAAUUUUUGUGAAAGACAAUUUUUGUAGAAAUUAUAACUAUUUUUUUCACAUUUCAUAAAUGAAAAUUUUCCUCUUCAGAAACAUUACAUAUGGCAGUAAGUGGUUACUUAAUUUUCAUAUAAUUAUGAAAUAUGUCUUGUGAUAAAUUAAUAAAUUACUGAAAAAAAAUAUGCAAAGAAAUGAAUAUGAACCAUAUAUGAUUCUUUGUUGCUCUCUUAAAAUAGUGACAUAAUGGUAGUCAAGAAAGUAUUUAUUUAUCUUGGUCGUUUUUUUUUCUUCAUAUUUGAGAGAUAUUGCCAUGGCAGAAAUCUUUUAGAGACAUGGAUAACUUUAAAGAUAUGUUAUGCUCAAAUUUGAUAGUAAAAAAAAACACCCAGAUGAUUACUAUUCAGUCUUUAUUAACAUAUUUUGAAUACACAAAGAGAAAAUAUAUUAAAUUUUAAGCUCUACACACUACAGUUGAAGGAUUUACUAGAUUUCAAUAAAUUUCUGCAAUAAAAGUACAUGUAUUUUACCCAAAGAUGAGCAUUGUAUAAUUUUAAUGAUAUUGUUGAAUAACUUAUAUUUGAAAAUUAUUACCUAAUUUGCCACCAUCCAGCUUUGAAAAAAUUCAGUAUGCUCAAUUUAUUUUACUGGUAAAUUACUUAUGUAAAUUUUAGGUUUGUCAGUAGUUUGGAAAUCACAGAAUUUACCAGAUUUUAUAAUAUUAUAUUCUAUUUUUUCUUCUUGAAAAAUCAAUUUCUUUCAUGAUUGGAUGUUACUUAAGAUAUUCUAUGCACAUUUUUGGGUAAAAUACUUUUAUUGCAGAAAUUUAUUGAAAUCUAGUAAAUUCUUCCUGAAUAUGUCUAAUUUCAAUAAGUGAAUGUAUAAACUAUUUUUGUGAAGUUGCAUACUCUGUUACGUCAGUCGUUGUUUCCGUGUGCAAGAAACGUUACACUCAUUGCUCAGUACUGGUUGGUUCCAGGAACGGAUUCAAAAGCGUUUUAAUAAGCUUAUAGAUUCCAACAAAAUCAAACUAUAAUAAAUUAGUAUGAAUUAAAUGGUACAAAUUACAACUUAAGCAAUACAAAGUGUGAAAAUACAAAAAUGUUGAUUCCAGAUAUUUAUGUUUCUUUAUUUCAAUGUGACCGCAUUUUUAUCAGUAAAUAUAUAGGUAUAUAGUAAAUUUUUUACGAGGCUCACAAAACAUAUACUUAGUUUUACCAUAAUCUGAAAACUAGAGCAUUAUUUGCUUAACAUAAGGUUGAGGUCCUAAAAUGUUGAAUUUAUCAUCGGCAUUUUAGACUGAUAUGUUUACAUUUAAACCAUCAUAAAAAUAUUAUCUGCUAAACCAGUUGUAAAGAAUGUUUAGAACCUCUUAAACUUUAAUCAUGUAAGUAGGCUAUUUUACAAAAAAGUACUUUUGUAUGUUAGUGUAUAAGUUUUAAACCAGAAAAUAAAUUACAAGAUGGUCACAAGUAUCUGUUACAAAUGUAAAAAAAAAAUUUUAAGUGUUCACUCCACAUUAUUAGUAAAUUUUGUUUCUCCACUUUUACAAUUUUUCAAUGUUGUAACUUUGUAAAAAGAUUAUAUGUGCAUAAAGCACUAAAUGUUGAAGGAAGUCAGUUAUUAAGUAUUCUUAGCUGUGCUAUGAAAGGCAUUCUAUAUUGAAUAUUUUGUUAGGACUGCCAAUGUUCUGGUUAAAGAUUGUUUCUUAUUAUUACAAAGCAAGUGUUUCUUGUCUUCUUCAGCUCUUUUGUCUGAACUGUCUUUAACGACCAUGACAGAUAUUGUCAGAAUAAAUAGGUGGUCUUUUUAAAUAAGACCAACUAUCUAUAACAACCUUGGCCAUUAUAGAAUACAAUUUGUUUGUGGUCGCUUUCUAUAAUAUUUGUUGAAUUUUCUAUAUAAGACCAGCUAUCUUUGAUGACCAUGACAUUGUAUAUUAUGGUAUACACUUAGUAGGCGGUCACUUUGUACAAGUUUUAUUGUAUUUUCUACUAUGCUUGUUGUGCGACAUUUUUGUUGAUAUCUCAUGCUUAAAAUCCGUCCAUUCCUGUAUUUUAUUUAUUGAUUUAUUUUACAUUUAAGUUAUUUCUACAUCAAUGAUUUCAUAUUAUGCUGCAUUCAGCAGCACUAACUGUAUAUUGAAACAAUAAUAAAAACUCAAAAUCAACAA